UUGAGUGUAAUUUUGUGCAGAACAUUCUUCACGUGGAUUCGACAUCAGAAAAUAGGUAUUUAUUUCGGUACCUAAUUAAUCACUAAAUCAUGUUAAUGUUUUGUCCAACCUGUGGUAAUCUCCUAUUAGUGGAAGAAGGAACGGAUUCACUCAGAUUUUCCUGCAAUACCUGUCCUUAUAUUUGUAAAAUCAAGCGAAAAAUCUCCACCCGUAUCUAUCCUAAAUUGAAGGAGGUGGAUCAUGUAAUGGGCGGUGCUGCUGCCUGGGAGAACGUAGAUUCCACUGACGCGGAUUGUCCUGCAUGCGCACACGAUAGAGCUUAUUUUAUGCAAAUGCAAACCCGCUCGGCGGAUGAACCUAUGACAACGUUUUACAAGUGUUGCAAUCCUAUCUGUGGACAUAACUGGCGUGAUUAGCUAACGUAACGAUUGGGAAGAAAAA